CUGCAUUCUGGGCCUCUAGCCUGGCUUUCUCUCUCUCCUUUUCCCUCUCCCUCAUCUCAUUGUUUCAGACUAGGCCAAAUCUGAAGUCCUUCCCAGGGCGUGGCUCUGUUCAUCUUACUCUCCAGCCAAAGUAGAACAGUGUGAGGACAGAGACACAGCCGCCAAAGGACUCUGUGGAGAGAGCAGAGAGCGGAGCACCAUAGACAAUAUGCUGCUCUUUGGCCCCAAAGCGCUGCUGUUUCUCACUGCACUCAUCAUCACAUCUGAAUGGAUAACUCUGGGGGUCGAUGGUCAACGAGGAGAUGAUGUGACUCCAGAAACAUUCACAGAAGAUCCCAAUCUGGUGAAUGAACCUUCAACAGACGAAACUGUUCUGGCUGAUAUGGAGCCUUCCACAGAUGAACUGGCCUCGCCCAGUGAUAAAAAUACCACCACAGAGUGCCGGGAUGAGAAAUUUGCUUGUACAAGACUCUACUCUGUCCAUCGACCAGUCAAGCAAUGCGUUCAUCAGGUCUGCUUCACCAGUUUACGACGUAUGUACAUCAUCAACAAUGAGAUCUGCUCCCGUCUUGUUUGUAAGGAACAUGAAGUUAUGAAAGAUGAACUUUGCCGUCAGAUGGCAGGUCUGCCCCCAAGGCGACUCCGCCGCUCCAACUACUUCCGACUUCCUCCCUGUGAAGAUGUGAAUUUGCAGAGACUCGAUGGUCUGUGAUCAUCAAGGAAGAAGAAAGAAGAAAGAAUGUGUGGGUGAGAGGAAGGGGGAAUUUCGUCUUCUACACCACUGUCAGCUAACCCAUAGACAUGAGAAUUUCUUAAACCUGUCCCUUUGCAAUAUCCAGCUUUUGCCCCUACUCCCUAAUUUUUGACCAAGACUGAUAACAUUUAUCUCAUUUUUCAGUACUUAAAACACAAUACCUGUAUUAUUGCAGUUUUGUUGCUUCCCAAUAUCAUAGGCAUAGUAGAUAAACAUGACUUAUAUUCAAACAUUCUAUAUACAAUUCUGGAAAGAAUAAACUUUAGGUUAAUGAUCUAUUUGGAAGGACUGGGGAUGUAGCUCAGUGGCAGAGCUUGCUUAGCAUGCGCAAGGUCUCGAGUUUGAUUCCCAGAACUGCAAAAAAUAAAAUAAAUAGUAAUAAUAAUCUCUGUCUGUGUGUGCAUGUGUAUUUGUGUGUGUGCGUGUGUGUGUAAUGCUGGCUAUCGAACCCAGGGCCUCUCAAAUACUGGGCAAGUGCUUUACCAUUAAGCUCCAGGCCCAGCCUGUAUGUUAAUAAUCUCAAUUAUUAGAUCUGUUGGAAAUAGACCUUAGGGUAGAAGAAGCCAUCUUUGUCUACUUUGGCUAACCAUAGAACUUCAUUUAUUUUCCUUCCAAGACCUCAUCAUCAUUUACAUAUUCCUCUUUACUCAUUUUUACUAUUUUGCCUGGAUUGUCCUAAUUUUGCCUGUCAGGUCUUCUUGGUGAAAAAGAUCAUGGUAAUUUUUGUAGUUCUGAAAGUCCUAGAAUUUUGUAGACUCAAGAUUCUCCCAACAGAACCAAAAAUCAUAUAUAUAAUUCUAAUAGCAAUACAGAAAGACCCAAAAUGUUAUCUUCUGCUAAGUGCAGAGUCUGGGGUUAAAAGAGAAGAUUGUGCCAGUUACAGAACUUGGACUUAUAAUUCUGUAUUCAAUUUUUUCAUCCAGUUGUUCAGUCAAGGAGUAGUGUUGAAAAAUGUGUUUCCUUUACUUAUUCAUUUGUGAUAGUACUGGGGUUAGCUUGCUUACACAAAGCAAACUAGACAACUUAAUGUGAAACCAUACCAUUGACCUGAGUUUCCUUGAGUUGUGCUACUUCUUUCAUCCUUAACACCAAGUGCAAAAAUAGAGCUUAUUGUGCAAAAGGAAAUUCUAGAAUAUCCUGGCUUCGAGCCUAAGAAGAACAUUCAUAUCUGAAUUUUUUUGUGUGCUAGUUAUUGAACCAGGAAUGCUUUGCCAUUUAGCUAUAUACCCAACUCUUCAUUUUGAGACAAGGUCUUUGUAAGUGGAUGAGGACCUUGCUUAGUUGCUGAAGCUGGUCUCAAACUUGCUAUCCUCCUGCCUCAGCCUCCCAAAGUCACGGGGAUUACAGGCUUGUGCCAUUGCACUGGGGUCAGAUAUAAAUUUUAAUAGGCAGAAAGCUUAACCUAAAGUUUAAAAUGAAAGAAACACAAUUUCUUGUCCUGGCCUUAGGAGUAGGAUGAAUCUUUAGAUAAGUCAUUUUCCUUCAUUAGGUCCUGGUCUAAUUUCCUCACUUUAAAAUGAGAAGGCUGAAUUUCUGUUAGUUCUUAGGCAUUAGUUCUAUGAUUUUCUGACAUAACUGCAUUAUUUAUAUUUUUCAAAGUCUAGAUGCAGUCUAAUUUACAAGCAUGUCUGCUUUAUCCUAAAUAUUGACAGUAGUACACAAUGCAAUACAAUCAAAUCCUACCCUCCUACCCCUGUGCUAGAGAUUAAACCCAUGGCCCCAAGCAUGUUGUUAGACAAGUGCUCUACCACUGAGCUAUACCUCCAGGCUCCUCAAAUUCCAUUCUAAUAAGUGACAAACUAUAUAUUGUGAACCCUUGGGUCUGAAUAACUAAAUAACUUUCUAGAAAAAUCAAUGGAAUUCAAAUAGGAAUUAGGGGAGAAGUUGUUACAUAUGACACUAGGGGUUGGAUUCCCUUCAUAGUGUCAAGAAAACUAGCUAAAUGAGGGUUGGAUUCUUGCUGUUAAGAAACAAUUUAGUUUAAUGGGAUUUGUACACCUUAUCGAAGAGAAGUGUAAGAAAACCUCAAGGUAUGCAAUCUCUAUUCCACCAUAGUCUCUAGAAUUAAAGUGUCCUUGUCCAGACAGACAUAGUAAGUGUAUAUUGUAGUCACUACAAAGAAACCUCCUGGGCAUAGAGUUUAUAAAAAUCAUCUUAAGAAUCUCUUCAUAGGGCUAGGGUUGUAGCUCAGUGGUAGUCCUUACCUAACAUUAAUGGAAGCCCUGGAUUCAAUCCUUAGCACCACAAUCAAUUAAUCAAACAAACCCAAAAUCUCUUCAUGAGACUGCAAAUUCAAAAUAAUGAUAAGGAGAUGGAAAGGUUAGUUAUCCCAUUUGAUCAAUGCUUAUUGUAUAUAUGUACUGAAAUAUCACACGUACCUCAUAAAUAUGUACAAUGAUUAUGUGUUAAUAAAAAUGUUUAAAUGCUCAAUGAAAUGGAAAUGUUAACUACUCUGAUAUGACUUUUGCAUACUGUAUACAUGUAUAAAAAAUUCACAUUGUACCUUAUAAAGUUGUACAAUUAAAAUAAUAGUUAAUGCUAAGAAUACUAAUAUUUAGAUUCAAAGACAUUCAAAAGUUCAGUUUAUGUUUGGGAUCUGAGAAAAUACCAAAAAGAAAAGAAUCUCUUGGGCUGGGGAUGUGGCUCAAGCGGUAGCGCGCUCGCCUGGCAUGCGUGCGGCCCGGGUUCGAUACUCAGCACCACAUACCAACAAAGAUGUUGUGUCCGCCGAGAACUAAAAAUAAAUAAAUUAAAAAAAAAAAAGAAAAGAAUCUCUUCAUGUACUUGACAUUCCUACUUCAUGAUAAAUGAUAGGUGACAUUCCCACCAGUGAGCACCUCAAUCCCAGUAUUUGUCUAUUGCAAAUUAAAUCUUUUACAAUAAAUUUUAUCCAAUCUUUUUUCCCUCAGCAUAAAGUGGUCUUUGGCUUGGUUAUUGUUUUUCUCUUUAAUGUUCACAAAAAAUACUUGAAUUUGUCCACUUUUAUCCCACUUUGAAAACUGAGUACCAAAAUUAGUCAACUUUCUUUAUUCUGCUCUUCUCUGUUUUAUCUUUUACUCCAUAACUUUACCAAUGGUUCUCCAAAAAUCCAAAUUUAUUUAGUCUCCUCCAGAUGUGUCCCCGUUUUGCUUUUCUGCUCUUAUCAGGCCCAACAAUCUUGGUAGUUGAAGUUUCAUUACUUACUCUCAUUUCUCUUUUGUGUAAAUUCCGAAGUUUUGCCAUUCCUUGUUCUAAUGUUCUCUACCCACCUUUUUUUGUGGUGCUGGGGAUUGAACCCAGGGCCUUACACAUGCUAGCCAAAUGCUCUACCACUGAACUAUAUCCCCCAGCCCUGGAAUUUAUGUCUUAAUGAAAAACAACUAUGUAAACCAAAUUAAUGGAUCUUUAAUAUUAGAAUUAAACAAUUUAGUAAAACAUCCAUUAGAGUUUGGAUGCUUUCUUGGUAUCCUGAAUAGAUAGCAACCUCAUCUGUCUGCCCAGAAGGUUCAUCUUUAACUUUCUCUUCCCAAAUUGAGUUGAUUCACAGUGGACACAGGGUUGCACACCUGUAAUCCCAGCUAUGUAGGAAACUGAGACAGGAGGAUCAUGAGCUCCAGACGAGCCCAGUAACUAAGUGAACCUUGUCUCAAAAUAAAAAUAAAAAGGGUUGGGGAUGUAGCUUAGUGAUAGAGUGCUUGUCUAACAUGACAACAUGGUGUUGGUUUGAUCCCCAACAACAAGAAUCAAUCAAUCAAUCAAUAAAAUAAAAUUGAGUUGAUUCUACUCUGAGUCUAAUUUUUCCCAUAUUUCAUGCUUCUUAGUCAAGAAAAUUAUCCUUUCUCUUCAAAUUAACAAAUUCUGGAAAUUCAAGUGUGAACUCUACUCACUAGAGUUUUCUAUGCACACUUUCUCUUAGUAUUCUUUUGACUCACAAGCAGAUGGUGCAAACCCCAGCUGGUUUCCCCACCUCUAGAUUUUAUUUUGAUGACAUCAAGCAGUAUAUGUUGCUAGCCACAAGCUCCUCCCUACUUUAGGGUGUUUGUGGCAAAAGAUGUAUGCUAAACCAAAUACUGUACCCCUGGUUGGAAGGUGCAAGCAACUUGUGAACUCUAAGUUUCCUCUUCCUUUUGUACUGAAGUAACUGUAACACAGUGGACAGAUCAGAAGAUGGAGAGCAACAGACCAAAGAAUCUUGAGAGCACGAUGAUAGGUUGGCACCAGGGGAAGAGAACCAGGAAAUGAGUUAGUGGGAAUUUUCAAAUCUGCAAAUAUAGGGUGAAAUGGAAAGAUAUCAGGAGCACAGCAGAAGAGAGGCAGGACCACCCUCAUGGUUUUGUGAACUCAAAGAAGGUACAACACUUCAAUAAAAUUGACAUCCUGGAGCCAGGUGCAGUGGUGCACGCCUGAAAUCCCAGCAACUUGGGAGGCUAAGGCAGGAGGAUUGAAAGUUCAAGACCAGCCUCAGCAAUUUAGUGAGGCCCUAAGCAACUCAGGGACACUCUCUCAAAAUUCUAAAAAAUAAAAAAAUAAAAAAAAAGGAGGGGGAAGCUGGGGAAUUUACUUUAGUGGAAAAGUCCCUCUGGGUUUAAUCCCCAGUACAAAAAACAAAAAAAACAGUUGACGUCUUGGCAUCUUUAAGCAUUUUCACUAACCAAACAUCAGGGAAAGUGACAUGUUUAGUUUCUCUGGUGGAGAGAGGAACAGGUGGCCACAGUUUUCAGAGUUUUUUUUUUUUUUUUUUUAAACCAGUCAAGUAGAGCCAUAAGUAGCAGUCAGACAACCACUUCUGGGCAGAACCCAAGGCGGAAAAAGCAAAUGUUUAUAUAAAUAGACGUGCAGAGCCCAUAGUUUCCUGUUAACAAAUUGAGCUUUGCUUUACCUCAAACCCUCACGUUUUAUUAAGUAGCUGAUAAUGGUUUUGUGUUUUUUUCACCUUGUAUAAUCACUUUAAGGUUCUAGUUUGUUUCCUAACCUGUAGAUCUUACAGUUUUUUUUUUUCUUCUGUAUUUCUGGUAUUUUUCUCUUUCCUCUCCCUUUUCCCUUCUGUGUGAUUAUCUGCCAUACAUAUCUACUACAUAAUUAAAUGUAUGCAGCAAUCCAUAGUGACUGAAUUCAGAAUGAUCUUGUAAAUUUAUGUGAGAUUCACCUCUUCCCCCAUACCCCCUUAAAAAGUAAUGAUUGAGUUGGCUCUGUGGUACAUGACUGUAAUUACUUCUAACAACUGGAGAGGCUGAGGCAAAAGAAUCUCAAAUUUGAGGCCAGAGUAGGCAACACAGUGAGACUCUCAGCAACUUAACAAGACUGUCUCAAAAUAAAAAUAAAUAAAUAAAAAGGGCUGAGGCUAUACCUCAGUGGGUGAACAUCCCUGGUUGAAUCCCAAGUGCAGAGAGAGAGAAAAAAAAAUUAUCAAAUUACAAAUGGCCUUUGCUAGAAGGUCAUUUGAAAUUUGAUAAAGUCAACUGUGCUCUUUUAUGUUGCCACAGAAUGAGUCUGAGAUAGAAAGACCUGGAAUAAUGUAGUAAUUCAUAAUUAAAGUCCAAAUGCUCAUAAGAAUGACAAUAUAUGCUGAGACAGGGAAAGAAUAUUUUCUCUCAUCAUGUAGAAACUAAGCAAUUAUAUCCAUGAUGAUUAUGAUGUCUAGAAUCCAAAUCAAUGUGGUUCUAGGUAUCAUCAACAACAAUAAAAAACAAAAGAGAAGCAGCAGCAGCAGCCAGGCACGGUGGCGCAAGCCUGUAAUCCCAGCAGCUCCCGAGGCUAAAACAGGAAGAUUGAGAGUUCAAAGACAGCCUCAGCAAUGGCAAGACGCUAAGCAACUCAGUGAGACCCUACAUAAAAUACAAAAUAGGGCUGGGGAUGUGGCUCAGUGGUCGAGUGUCCUUGAGUUCAAUCCCUGGUACCAUCCCCCACAAAAAAAAAAAAAAGAAAGAAAGAAAAAAAAACUGCAGUUGUAUCACCCUGUUCAAUCCAAUCUAAUUUUUUUUUUUUUUUGGUGAGGAUAAAAUCAAGGGCCUCAUGCAUGCCAGGCAAGCGGUCUACCACUAAGCCAAAUCCUUAGUUUGUCCUGUUCAAUUCAAUACAAAAUAAUUGGUAUGUGUUUCAGUGCCAAUCCAAACUUGGCAUUCACUAGUUAUGUGAUUUUAAACAAAUAAUUUCUCAACUGUAAAUUGUUGGCAAUUUACCUGCCUUACAGAUGGUUCUGAGAGUUAACAAGAUCAUAUAUUCACAAGAUCAUAUAUUCAAAAUGUUUAGCACCUGUAAGACUAUUAAGUAUAUAAUAAACUAUGUUUUUCUACUGAA